GUGGAGGAAGUCGGGGAUUUCACUGGAUUGCUCUCGUACCUGAAAAGCAGUAAACAGCUGUCUGAAUGAAUUAUUUGUUUGCAUCUGACAAACUGCAAAGAUGCAUCGUUUUAAGGCUUCCAAAUAUCGAAAUGCAGCUCCAAAGAUUCCUAAAAAAGAGGAAUGUAUCACUGAUAUAAGAGUUGGAAACUUAAUGAGCUCCUAUGGAAAUCACAUCAAAGCAAGUGAUACCUUCAUGGCCUUCAAUGUGGAUGUGGGAGGUGGAGGAAGUCUGGGUGUUCUUCCUCUUGAAGAGGUCGGAAGGAAGGAACAGUCACUGCCUCUCCUUCAUGCACAUGCAGAUUUUGUGACUGACCUGGACUUCUCACCAUCUGAUGGGAAGCUUCUGACAACUUGCUCUUAUGACUGCUCUAUUAAAUUGUGGAAAAUUCCAGAGGAAGGCAUAAAAGAGGAUAUACCAGCACCACUUUGGGUUCUACCACAGCAGCCUGGUCGGGUAGAAAAUGUGCUCUUCCAUCCUGCAGCAAGUGAGGUACUAUCUAGUUCAUGUGGGAAGUCUGUCACAAUCUGGGAUCUACAGAAACAGGAGCUGAAAUGCAAUUUGGAAAACCAUCAAGACGUGGUUCAAAGUUUUUGCUGGAAAGAGGAUGGAUCUUUAUUAGUUACAUCCUGCAAGGACAAGAAGAUCCGCAUCCUAGACCCACGUGGUAAUUCUGUUGUUGUGGAAUGUAAUGGCAUUGGCGGAAUAAAGGACUCAAGAGUGCUGUGGCUGGGAAACACAGACAAAGUUAUAAGCACAGGUUUUGGUCAGUCUCGCACCCGCGAACUUGUUGUUUGGGAUGUGAAUAAUAUCAGCAGCCCAGUACAGAGGAUGAGCUUUGACACAUCUUCUGGAGUGUCAUCACAGAUGAUGGAUCAACAGCACAAAGGUAUGGCCAUUGUGCCUAAACUUGCCAUGAAUGUUAUGAAAUGUGAAGUGGUACGACUUCUUCAGCUGACAAAAUUAUCAGUGGUCCCCAUCAGUUACUGUGUGCCACGAAAGUCUUACAGGGAUUUUCAUGCAGACUUGUUUCCUGAUACAUUUGCAAGAGAAGCAUCCAUGACAGCAGAAGAGUGGUUUAGUGGAUCCAAUCACCCUAUAAGAAGAGUUUCCCUUGAUCCAUCCAAACGACAAGCGGAACAUCAAAAAGCACCAACAACACAAGAAAAACCACAGAAACCCACACUAAAGCCAAAAUCAGCCAUGGAAAGUCAGAAACCAAGUGUUGCAGUAGAAAAGCAGUCAACAAGUGAGUCCAGAGAAUCACCCAAAGGAUUAGCUUCUCAACAAAAUCAACAAGCAGGGAACAAAUCAACAUCAGCUUCUGCUCCUAAGGCAGAACCUUUAGCAAAACCAAGAAAAACUUUUACAGCUGCACGCAUGUCAAAAUUCAGACAUCUCCAUGGCACUCCUAUGCACAAAAGCAAUAAUAUAGACAAUGUACGCAAUUUGAGCAUAUCAGUUCUAGCGGACUCUGAUGGUUUUCAAGUCAAUCAGAAGUUUGCAGCUUUUCCUUUAUCAGGACCCGGAGGCCAAAUAGCUGUAGUCCCUCUAGAUAAGCCCGGACGGCUUCCAGAUUCAGGCUUGCCUGUAAUUCAGUGUGGUAGUGGUGUAAUGGAUUUUGCCAUGGACCCAUUUAACAAACAGAGAUUAGCAACUGGUAGGUUGGGUACAAUGUAUAAAUCUGGGUCAGCUCUUGACCCAGGUGCGCCAGGCUGUCUAAGCCAAUCCUGUCAUAAUGACAAACCAAACUUAGUAAAGUAUCAUCCUACUGCAAGUGGUGUUUUGGCAUCAGCAGCUAUGGAUUUAACUAUCAAGAUUUGGGAUGUUGAGAAAGCCAAAGAUCUAAUCACACUUACUGGACAUACUGAUUCGGUAUUUAGCUUGAGUUGGAAACCAGACGGAACAAAGCUAGCCACUGUGUCAAGAGACAACAAAAUCAGAAUAUUUGACCCAAGAUCUCAACUUUUUCCUCUGCAGACAGGCCAAGGUCCUGAAGGGAGCCGUGGAGCUCGUGUCUUCUGGGGAGGUUCAAGUGCUGAUUUGUUAGUGACUACAGGAUUUGGCAAAUCAAGUGUGAGGACCAUUAGUGUUUUUGACAGUCGUGAUCUGUCUAAAGAUUUGUCAUCAGUGGAGGUGGAUGUUGCUCCUGCCACCUUGAUACCAUUCUAUGACAAAGACUCCUCUGUCUUGUUUCUUUCUGCUAAGGGUGAAACUACAAUAUUUGCUUUUGAAGUCACUGAUGAGCCACCUCACUUGAAUGAAUUAUCACACUACAGGACGAAGGACCCUUACCAGGCAGUGGCUUUUCUACCAAAGACUGUUUGUGAUAUAAAGCAAGUGGAGUUUGCCAGAGCUGUUAAGUUGAACAAGACAUCAAUUGACUACAUUACAUUCCAAGUUCCUCGAGUCAAGAUGGAAUACUUUCAAGAUGACCUUUUCCCAGACACCAGAGUAUGGUGGGAGCCUUCAGUAACUAGUGAUCAGUGGUUUGCUGGUGAAGAUAAAACACAGAAAACAAUGUCAGUCAGACCAGAUGGCAUGAAACCAUUGAGUGAAGCACCCAAACAAGCUCCUAUUGCCAGGAAGUAUGACAGCCGACAUGAGCUGGAGGAAGUGAAGUCUGUUGAACAGCAGAAAGAAGAACUUUUGAACUCUAUGGUGGACAAAUUAGGAAAUUUUGAUGAUGAUCCUCUGCCUCAAGAUCUUCAAGAAGGAGUGGACGAUGAUGAAUGGGAUGACUGAUCCUCACUGAAAAUGCAAAUAUGCCUCAAUUGUUGGGCUGCUAUUGAUCAUACUUGUGCACACUGCAAUGUCUGAAUUUUACUCAAUACUUCAAUUCAAUUGUACAUAAGAAAAAAGCUUAACUGCUCAAAUAUUGGACUGAAAUUCCUAUGUUUUUGAUUAAAGGAUAAUUGAAUUUUGUGGAGAUAUUUCUGGGAAUGAAUUGUAGUGAUGUUGUCUGUAGAUGUUUCCUCAGUGGAUUUUUUUAAUUGCUCCUCCUGGCUUCAAGAUGAUGUUCAAGUUGAAAUAAUAAAUGCAAUAAUGAGUUA